CUCGUCUUUCAAUAUUCCAAAAGACAGAUCAAUAACAGCUAUUGAAUUACUUAUACAUGUGUGUAUAUACAUAUUAUAUUAUAUAUGGACUAAUCUAGUUUAUUACCCAUAUAUGUAUACGUCGAGCAGUUUUCUUUUUUUUAAAAAUUGUAAGACAUGGUCAUCGUCACCCUCUCCCUUUUCACCACAUACCCUUUCAUUCUUCCAUUCUUUUGUCUAACAGUAAUUCUAUAUCUAUCGUAUUUCAUAGUUGACAAAUUUCAGCAAGGUGCUAGAGGCGUUACCGGACCCCCAACUUACCCCAUCAUAGGUUGCUUGAUUCCAUUUUACAAGAACCGGUAUCGUCUACUAGAUUGGUACACUCAUCUUCUUUCUAAGUCGCCAACAAAAACAAUCGUGAUAGACAGAUUAGGUGCGCGGAGGACCAUAGUAACAGCUAAUCCACACAACGUAGAGUACAUGCUCAAAUCCAACUUUGACAAUUUUCCUAAAGGCAAGCCCUUCAAUGAAAUUCUUGGUGAUUUUCUUGGAAAUGGUAUAUUCAAUGUGGAUGGAGAAAUGUGGUACAAACAGCGCAAGAUGGUUAGCCAUGAGUUCACCGCAAGGUGUUUGAGAGAUUACGUUGUGAAUGCGCUCAAAGAAGAGGUGGAGAACAAGUUGUUGCCUAUGUUGGACUUAAUGGAGGAUGAAAAUAGAGCUUUUGACUUGCAAGACUUGUUAAGAAGACUUGGAUUUGAUGUGGUUUGCAAAGUUUCCUUGGGGUUUGAUCCAUGUUGCCUCAGUGAUUCUCUUCCAUUUUCGCCUCUGCUAGAUGCCUUUGAAAGGGCUUCACAGAUAUCUGCUGGUAGAGGAGCUGCUCCAAUAUUUGCCAUAUGGAAGGUGAAAAGAUGGUUAAAUAUUGGAUCUGAAAGACAGCUGAGACUAGCCAUUGAUCAAAUCCAUUCAUCAGUCGCUAAUAUCAUCCGUGAGAGAAAGAUUAAGAUCAAAGGAGAAAACCAGCAAGAGACCAACAAAGAUCUUCUUUCAAAAAUGAUAUUGGCAGAAAAUUUUGAUGAGGAGGAAGUCAGGGACAUGGUGAUAAGCUUCAUUAUGGCAGGAAGAGACACAACAUCUGCGGCAAUGACUUGGUUGUUUUAUCUACUGACUCUCCACCCUGAGAUAGAAAAUGAAUUGGUUUCCAAGGAGCUAAGGUUUAUAGAAGACGAAAUGCUAACAAAGCAUGAGAUAUUGAGAGAGAUGAAAUUCUUGAAAGCUUGCCUCUGUGAGACAAUGAGACUCUAUCCACCAGUUGCAUGGGAUUCAAAGCAUGCGAUUGCUGAUGAUAUUUUGCCAGAUGGUACUCAUAUCAAAGCUGGCAAUAGAGUGACCUACUUCCCCUAUGGUAUGGGAAGGAUGGAAAACUUGUGGGGGAAGGACAGGUUAGAGUUUAAACCAGGGAGAUGGAUGCAGGAUUCAGAAGAAGAUGAAGGAGCAGAGCAGGCAUCAAAUUUGUACAAGUUUCCUGUCUUCCAAGCAGGUCCAAGAGUUUGCCUAGGGAAAGAAUUGGCCUUUAUUCAAAUGAAGUAUGUUGUAGCUUCAAUAUUGAAGCGUUUCCAAAUCAGACCAGCUUGUUCGGAUCCUCCUGUAUUUUUGCCAAUCCUAACAGCUCAUAUGGCUGGUGGUUUUAAGAUUUUUGUCCAUAAAACUAAAUACAUUUAGAUGAUCCCUAAGUCUCUUU